CGUUCAAGCGCUGAUGAGUUUAGAGGCUCUCUCUCCCCCGGAGUGACUAGAACGUACAAGACAGUCUUGGCCGAAUCGUUAGAAAAUAAUAAUCACAUUUUGAAAGAAUUUCACAUUUCUUCACUUCACCGCUGGAUACGCGACUCGACCUGGGGUUGGAUUAACUUCGGGACAGUCUUUUUUAGUUUUUCUUUUUCAUUUGCUUUGGAAAGAGGCAGACAAAGAAGACAAUGGGAUCUCAGUCAUCCAAGGGAGAGGUGGCCGUGGAGGCGAACGCCGCUGCCGCUGAUGCUGCGGCUGUCAAAACUAACGGACAGGAGAAUGGGCAUGUGAAGACCAAUGGGGAUGUCUCUACUAAGCCCGACGGGGAUGCCGCCGCCACCAACGGCUCGGCCGAGGCAGCCAAGGAGCCUGAAGCAAGUGCGGAGGGCGACGCAAUCGAGCCUGCGCCCGCCGCAGACGGCGAAGCAGCCAAACCCGAAGGAGAGGCUGCCGCUGCCUCCGCCGAGGCUGCGACUAAGGAGACACCCAAGAAGAAGAAGAAGAAGUUCUCCCUAAAGAAGUCCUUCAACUUCAAGUUGAACCUUAAGAAGAGCAAGAAGAGCGAAGCGGCCAAGGAGGAGCCAGCAGCUGCCACUGCCACCGCAGCCUCCUCCCCUGAGGAGAAACCCGCUGAAAAUGGAGCCACCGCAGAGGAGAAGAAGGAGGAGGUGAAGGAGGAGGCCCAGGCUGAAGCCCCGAAAGCUGAGGAGGGGGCAGCCAAAGAGGACGCCCCCAAGGAGGAGGCCAAGGAGGCAGCUGCUCCAGCCCCUGAGGCUUCGAAACCCACAGAGGAGAGCAGCUCGACCCCCGCCCCCUCUGAAAAGAAGGAGUGAUUGUAUGUGCAACUCACGAUGAACUGGCUGAACUGUUUUUCAAAGAAAGUGAGAGAGAGAAUUUAAGAGUAUAUAUAUAUAUUUAUAUAUAUAUGUGUAUAUGUAUACAUAUGUAUAUGGAUAUAUGUAUAUGUAAAUAUAUACACAUGUAUGUGAGAGACUCCUUUGACGUGCCACUUUUCGUCAAGACGACAGACGAGAUUCACUAGGUCACUUCCUGCUCAACAUCUGGACCUUGACUGACUUUUUGGGCUUUCGGCGCGGCGGCGAGAAGACACCACCAAGCGGACGAAAGAUUGAUGGAGGAUGCAUCUUUUCCCCACCUUGAUAAAAAUGGCGGAUGAAGAUGACUCCUUUGUGAAAUAAAGAAGCUAGAAAAGGAAAAAACUAGGACAACACCACUUGAAAUGACUGUUAAAUAGCUACAAAAAAAAAGAAAGAAAAAAAGAAAACGAGAUAAAUCUGAAGAGACUCGCCAACUUUUUACAUUCCUAUAUUUUAACCCAAAUUUGAAGUAUUUUGUGGUGUAUUAUAGAGAACCAUCUUAAAAAAACUAUGUCUUGUUUGUUAAAAAAAGAAAAAAAUUUAGACAAGUUUUGAUUUUUACCUUACUAUAAAAGAAGAACACUUCAGCUUGCUAUGUUCACUGUUGCGGUUUGAUAUGAAGCAGAGCUGUUUAUCUGUCGUGUGUGAGCCUGAAUCUGCUUUGUCUUUGUAAAUACAAUUGGAUUGAUUUCUGUUCUUUAUUUUGCUAAUGUUGACAGAUGUUACUGGUUUUAUUGUAAAGUUGAUAAUGGUAAAUAAAUGUUGGUCACCUGCCUGUG